AAGUUACAUCAACUAUUGUUAAUCUGUAGUCACGCUUGUUGGCCCAGACGAAAGCACGCGAGGGGGACUUAAUGUGGGAGGAAACCGGAGUAUCCGGGGAAAACCCACGUACUCUGGUUAUGCAUGAUGAUGACGAUGGUGAUAACUGAUGUAACAACUAUGGGCCGCGGUAUUCAAAAUGGCGACGAGCAUUGUUAGAAAGGUAAUGGAAGACGUCCCGGAAUCGAGUACAACUCUCAUCGGUUGUGUGACGACCCCGAACGAAAUGGCGCCAUCUAUCGUCAAUCUUCUGUGUCGCAUGAUUGAUACGUUCCUCGGUAAAGAGUACGAGCUUUGUAUCAAGUUGUGUGACCCUUUACUGGACAUAACAUGGGAGAAACUAAACACUGGGCACUGGAAGGACGUCCAUCUUUGCUGGCGACACACAUACUCGCUCAUAUCACUGCUGAAGGGCGUGAGUCAGGUAGCCAUAGCAACCAGUUGUAUAGACUAUACCGGAAGUGACGAACACAAGGACAAUCUGGCAAGCUGUAUUAAAACUUUUGAUAUGGGUCUUUUAAUGGGGGCACCUAUUUUUGGGAACAUUCUUUCUAAGAUGUCGCUACAUGUUCAUGAUUGGUUGGGUGCAAAUAUGAUUUCGGAAGGGUCAUCUUUGGAUUGGUCAUUUCAAACCGGUAAGUAUUUGACAAAUGAAAGUGAUUCUGAAUCAAGUCGAUUGUUUGAAUCUGAUUAUCAUUACUCUGAAGGCAAUGAAAGUCCAAAGAGACAAAAGAUGGAACCUAACAUUGAAAUAGAUACGAAGAACGGAAUUAAGCGAGUUAGCUGCCCUUCCAUGGAGCUCUUUCGAAAAGAGUAUUUGUAUACAAAGCAACCGGUGAUUAUAACAAAUGCAAUGAGCCAUUGGCCGGCUAUGAACAAUAGGAGAUGGUCUCUUAAUUACCUCCGGAAAAUAGCCGGCUAUAGAACGGUUCCGAUAGAAAUAGGCUCGAAGUAUACAGAUGACAAAUGGACCCAGAAAUUAAUGACAGUUAGUGAAUUCAUAGACCAAUUUCUCACAAUAGAAACGUCAAAUGUGAAGACUGACAAAGGUUCAAGGUUGAAACAGGACGAACCCAUCGGAUAUUUAGCUCAACAUCAACUUUUUAAUCAAAUACCAGAACUACAGGACGACAUUGUGAUACCCGAUUAUUGUCUCCUGGGCGGAACCGGAAGUGAGUAUUCUAAUACAAGCGAUGAGGACGUUGAGGAUGUUGAUAUCAAUGCUUGGUUCGGACCAAAGGGAACGAUAUCUCCUCUUCACCACGACCCAAAAGAGAACUUCCUUGCUCAGGUUGUUGGUCGUAAGUACAUUCGACUGUAUUCUGAGGCCAUGACUCCUUAUUUAUACCCACAUGAUGGUUUCAUGGACAACACUAGUCGGGUUGAUGUGGAAAAUCCUGAUUACGUGACUUUCCCGCGCUUUAAGAACGCCACCUACCAGGAUUGUGUUCUGAACGAAGGAGAAAUGCUCUUCAUCCCACGGAAGUGCUGGCAUUUUGUGAAAUCUCUGUCAGUUAGUUUUUCUGUCAGUUUCUGGUGGAAGUAAAUCUAUUGUAUCGAA